GUAAACAUCAAAUAAGUGCUAUAUAUUGAAAUAUGAUUGAUUCAUUUUUUUAGUAACAAUCCAUUGUUUUAUUUAUCUGAAAGUUGGCUUGUAAAUAUGUGGAAAGUGUUAGUACUACUGUGUUUUAUAGACAUUUCUAAAUCUGAUAGUCCUCCAUAUAAUUAUCCACCAACAGCGGUGAGUUUUACCGAUAGAGUGGAUAUUUUUGAGAAUGCUGGCCCUAGAAAUCCGAUAUACAAUAGAUCAUUAGUACCAAAAGUGUUUCCGUACCCAUAUGUAUCAGGUUAUAGAUACGAAUUACCUCUUGAGAAUUACUACAGAUCACCACGUCCGUACCUACCAGUAAGUGGGUAUUCAUUGCAUCCUCCAUUCGUUGCCUCUGGAUAUAAUUAUAAAAUUGUGAACCCAUAUCCUCUAAAAAAUGAGAAUAAAAACAGUUAUGGUAGAAGAAAAGAAUAUUUACCCGGACCAUUUGGUACAGCUUUGACAAACUAUCCUGGAACAACAACUACAACUCGCCCUAUAGGCGAAAUAAUUAAAAAUAACAAAUUUAUUUCCAAUAGCGCGGAAAUUAUGAGCAUGUAAAAAUAUAAUUUUAAUAAAACUCACUUUAAUGUUAUUAAUUUUUUUAUAUAUUAUCUUGGACACAUAUUUACCUUAGGGUAAGUAAACCACAAUUAAUUAAAAAUGAAUAUAUAUUGUACUUAAUUACCAAUUAUAAUUU